AGAGCUUGAAAGCGAGACCGCCCCUAGGGUGGAUUGAAAAGGCUAUUCUGCUCGGUACCGAAGAAUACCUAGAAUAAAUCGUGUUUGAUCUCACGUAUAUAAAGUUAGACCAAAGCCUCCUUGUUUUACCUCCAUCUACACAACGAAAGCUCAUCACAUCAAGCCAAAUCAGCACUUCCUUCUUCUACCUUAACAUAUAAUAAUCCCGGGAAAAUUCAACCUAAAUCAUCAUGUCUCAGAGCAAUUACGUUAAGAAGGUUGCGAUUGUUGGAGCAACCGGAACGGUUGGGUCAUUUAUCGUGGAAGAGCUUCUGAAGCUAGGGAAGCAUGAGAUUACUGCUAUCACACGUAAGAGCAGCUCGGCCGCUAAUUCCGUCCCUGAAGGGGUAAAUGUUGUCAAGGUGGACUACGACGGAGAAUCAACAUUGGUGAAUGGGUUAAAGGGUCAGGAUGCACUUAUUAUUACCAUGGAUACGAGGGCUGCCCCAGAUACGCAGUCAAAACUCAUUCGCGCUGCCGCCGCCGCUAACGUACCUUUCGUAUUACCCAACGAAUGGGGAUGCGACAUGGCAGACGAAGUUAUGGGAAAAGAUGUCCUUAUAGGGGAUAUUGAACUUUCCUCGCGAAAGUUAGUCGAAGAGUUAGGCAAGAGUUCAUGGAUAGGUGUAGUAACGGGCUUUUGGUACGAGUACAGCCUUGGAUUUGGAAAAGAAACGUACGGUAUGGAGUGGAAGACGCGGACUUGGACGUUUUUCGAUAAUGGCGAAACCAAGAUGAAUACUACUACCUGGCCGCAGGUAGGCAGAGCCGUAGCCAAACUACUCUCUUUGCCAAUCGAACCCGAGAAAGAUGGGGUCCCGAACUUGUCGAGUUACAAGAACAAGUUCGUAUAUGUGUCUUCAUUCUAUCUUAGCCAAAAAGACAUGUUCGCUGCUGUUCUACAUGCUACAGGGACUAAAGAGUCGGAUUGGAAAAUUGAAUACGAGGAAAGCGACAAACGUUUCCAAGACGCGAGGAAACGACUAUUUGGUGGCGAGACGCUAGCCUACCCUCAACUUCUCUACAGUAGAGCCUUUCGGGACGCCUGUAACGACUUCAAGGGUAAAUAUGGAACCGUUGCUAACGAUGUCCUGGGUCUUCCCGAAGAGGAUCUUGAUGAGGCCACUAAGCGUGCUAUUGACCGUGCUGAAAAGGGCCUCAAGUACCACCAAGCAAGGCACCAAGAUAGACACAACUGAUGAGGAAAUCCUAGUGCUGGUACGAAUGUACACAACUAUACGCG